ACAUGGCCGACGCCUCCACCGACCACCUCAGAGCCCUGCUGCGAGACGCGCUGCCGGCGUGGGUACUCGUGCCGGACAGCGCGCGCGUCGAGUGGUUGAAUGCUGUCACGCAGCAGCUCUGGCCACACAUAGAGCGAGGGGCCACAAAAUUCCUGAUGGAAGGCAAGCGCCUGGAAGGCCUGCUCAACUCCACCACCUUCUGGCGCCCACGUGUGUUGGCGGAUGCCCAGCUGCAGGUCGCUGCGGUGUCUCUCGGGCAGGAGCCGCCGCGCAUCACCGGCGUGAAAACAUUUCCUCAGCAAGGAGGGCAGGACAAGGAGGUUGGGGUGUCAAAUCUAGUGGCGCGUGGCACCCUGCGGGUGGCCCUUAAACCCCUGCUGGACGAGAUCCCCAUUGCCGGCGGCAUCAAGGUUAGCUUCAUGGGUGCCCCAGACUUCUCUUACUCAACACGAGUGCUGGGAGGGAACCCAUACCUGGUCCCUGGAAUCAGCCAAUUUGUGGAUUCCUUUGUGCGAGACAGGCUUCUGACACCCCUCAACUUUCCUGACGGAUUCACUUACGACCUGGUCACUCGCAGCGUGGCAUUACAGGAGCAGCCAGAGGGCCUGCUGGAGGUCACAGUGGUUGAGGCAACGGGCGUGCCACGCAUGGACACAUUUGGCAAGUGCGACCCUUUCUGUAACCUGUGGGUGCGUGAGAGCCACAAGCUGCGCACCACCGUGAAGAGCCGAACACUGAAGCCCGUGUGGAAGGAGAGCUUCACUUUUAUGGUCCACUCGACCCAGCACCAGGAGCUCACAAUGGCCCUUUAUGACUCAGACUUUUGGAGCGAGGACGAUCUCAUCGGCCGCGUGUCGCUGCCGCUCACUGUGCUAGACCUUACGCCAGGUGCCGUGAAUGACUACUGGCUGCCGGUGCCACGCGCCGGCACGAGCAGAGGCGAGGCAGAGGAGGGCAGCAUGCAUCGGCGUAAGCACACUGUUCGGAUGAUGAGCAACGGGCCCCAUGGCAGCUCAGCAGCUAACGAGCAGGAUCUGGGCUCCUGGCCCUCGACCGUCAGCGGCAGGGACGACACUGCCGUCUUCGCCACCGGCAACCUACCGCGGUCGACGUCCUCCCCUUUUGCUGCGGCAGCCGCCAACGCCGGAGUGGCAGCGGCAGAUGGGCGGCGGGCGGCGCCAUUCUCACGUUCCUCGCGGUCACCAGGGCCGCCCGAGAGGCAGCAGUCCACUGCCAGCGGCAGCAGCAUGGCCACAGUGUGGUCGCAGCAGUUGCGGCAGCUGGCUGCCAACCCGCUGGAAAUGCUGCGGUCCAAGCGUUGCAUGCUGCACAUCACCGCCUCCUACUUCCCGCUCACCGACCAAGAAAUUGCGGCGGUGGCCAAGGAGGCGGGCAGGCAGCAGCGGGGGGAGGCGGAGCCGGCGACCUUAAGCAGCUCACUGGGGGGGGCAUCACGUCUGCUGCGCAGCGGAAUAUUGUACGUCUGGUUGGACAGGGCCACAAACUUGAAAGCAAAAACGGGCUUCACGAAAAGAAUGAAGGUCAAUGUGCGCGUGGGAUCCAUUACCAAGACGACAGAAAGGGGCAAUGUGAAGCUGCAGCACCGCGCGAAUCCUGUUUUCGAAGAGAUGGUCGAGCUGAUUGUGGACGGCGACACGGCGCAGCGCAGCAACACGCUGAUCCACAUUGAAAUAGUCACGGAGCACCUUGUGCGCCACCCCUCUUUUCAGAAGGGACCCCGCGGCCCCAAGCCGUAUAUGGCCGCGCGGUGCCCGGCCUCGCGGACGCUGCUGGCAGUCGUCUAUGCGACAGUCCUCUAUGCGACAUGCACAGCACGCCUUGCAGCAGGUAAAGCGGGCACAUCUUGCCCAACGGCCAAGAAGUUUCUGACAUGCGUUACGCCACAGUGGACAAUGCCAAACAUGGCCAACGUCAUCCUCAACUCGAACACGCCAGCGCUCACCGUGCUCGAUUUUCCGGGCAACGUCGACCUGCGAGCCAUUUUGCCUUGGAAUGAUGGCGUCACCCUAACUUACCGACGCACCAACCACAGCAUUUAUCAGUGCCAGGUGCCGAUCUUCCCCGGCUACCAGCUGAUGAGCUACGCCAGCAAACCUGCAUCGCGAUAUCACAGCAUGUUCAUCACCUGCCCCCGCUCGCCAAUGUGGACUGGCCGUCAAAACUACUAUGUGACGGGCGCGUUUCGCAAUGUGUCGUCACUGAGCAAGAGGGCGAUUAAGGGCCUGCCGCAGCUGCAGGCCUGGAAAACCUUCUACAUGCCCGUUGCGCGCCAUCUGAGCAUGUGCCUCACGAUCAACCCCUGCCUUAUGAAUGUGUUUCUGGGCAUUUCCAACCUGCAAAAAUGGGUCAACGGUGGUGGUAUCCUGUGGAGCAGCUCACGAUCUCCACUGGCCGCACGUAUGUGA